UACGUAAACUGCGCAAGAGACAAAUUUGUUCUACUGGGGUCGCUGCUGCUGGGCGUUGGAAGAACAACAUACUUAUCUUUGGCUUCCGGCAGGUCUAGUACACAGUGUUUGGCACGACGACAAAACAAGCACAUUCACAGCUGACACUUUGUGUUGUUCGGUGAAGAUAACGUCGACUCGAAGACGAUAAUAGAUUCAGCAGAAGAGGAAACGUGAAAGAAGGCUUCAGUCAAACCCAGAUCAUGGCUGUCAUGUACCCCCCAGGGAAAAAAAUGAGGAAUUCGUUCUACUGGGAUGAAACAGAGUGCCUAAACUACUAUGGGAUGUUGUCUCUGCAUGAGGUGUUUGAAGUAGUUGGAUCUCAGUUAACAGAGACUGAUGUUGAAGUGCUGUCUUUUCUUUUGAACGAAACCUAUUCUGCACCACACCCUCUUGACCCAUCUGGCUGGACAGUUGAACCUGCUGAGGACAGCCCAGAGGAUUCAGGUGUGACACCAAGUCCUCAGCUGUUAAAAGCAUGGAGACAGCUAAAGCCUAAGAGAUUCCAGCAACCCUUAGUGGACUCAAAGCCUAAGAAUGGCCUUGAGCUGUUACUAGAACUUGAGAAGAGAGGAUACCUUAGUGAUGGAAACCUUGAACCACUGCUGCAGCUACUACGAGUCCUCACCCGUCAUGACCUGCUGCCUUUUGUGUCCCACAAGAAAAGGAGGACAGUGUCUCCAGAGAGAGUUGGACAGAGGAACGAGAUUGACAGCACAGACUUGAUGUAUGGAUUACAGCAUACCUGCAGACAAACAGAAAUGCCACUUCCAUCUUUCACACAACAAUUGAGAACUGAUAUUUAUCCAACUGAGGCUGGGCUUUCUAGUACGAGAAGGAGGAAGAGGAGAGGAAAUGGCUGGAGCCGUAGGCCCAAGAAAACAGCCAGAAAGAUCCAGCCACUUGUUCCAGCACCACAGAAAGUGUCAUGUGAUAUUCGCCUACGUGUCCGUGCAGAGUACCUGGAGCAUGAGUCGGCGCUACGUGAUGGUGUCUCCUCAGACAAGCGUCAGCCACUGGAGCGGCAGUUUGAGUUGUUCAGUAGAGCCAACACGCUGCUUCGUGCCAGAGACCUGGGGUCCAUCGUCUGCGACAUUAAGUUCACAGAGCUGGACAACCUUGAGGCUUUCUGGGGUGACUACCUGAGCGGAGCCCUGUUAGAGGCCCUAAAGGGAGUUUUCAUCACAGACUCUCUGAGGAUGGCAGCAGGCUCCGAGGGUGUCCGUCUUCUGAUCAGUGUUGACCAAGAUGACUAUGAAGAAGGCCGAAGAUUGCUAAGGGCCAGGAAAAUUACGUCAUUAAGUAAUGGUGAAUACAUGGAAACUUGUUAGACUUUAAACCCUAAGAUCCUUUCUGUUGUAUUAUAUUAACCUGGAAGAAAAAGAAUAGUAUAGUAAGUAAAGGUUAGGGGUUCAGGCAGAAUUGAGAAGCACUUUCAAGGGGUCCUAUUGUAGUUGCAAUCCAUGUAACCACCACUAGAUGGCAGAACUUACCAUAGGCUGUAUUGAUAGAACCUUUCAUUUUUAAAAAAUAGUCUUAAGUUUGAAUAUAACUAUUGUUUUUGGACAAAUUAUGUACAAUUAUGAAUCGGGGUAAUCUCCAUUCUGAUUCAAGCACAGGUGCUUCUUUGUAAGAUGGCAGGAUGAAAUGGGAUAGAUCAGGAUGCCACUUCUGUCUCUGAAAACAGGAACAAGCAAACCAGUAUCACCUUUUCAAAUGGUAAGCCACUCGUGAUAUUAUCUGUUAUUUAGUAGAUAAAAUGAUGGCAACCACUGACUGCCACAAAGAUGGAAAUGCUGUGUGUGGUGUCACAGUGGCAGACAUAAGUUAUUAAUGUAUCAUAGACAUGCCAAACUCCUGAAUUUAUGUAUAGAUGGUGGGUAUUCACGUGUAAAGAUGGUGCUUUAUAGUUUCAAGUGCAGCUGCAAGGGAAAAAAAGUGCCACUGUUGGGUCCUCUUUUGGUUUUGAUUGAAUAUUUAGAAGAAUUGUGUAAAUAAGAACUUAUUAUUAAAACCAAGAAGUUAAAAGUUUUUCUCUUUUCUAAAAGAAAAAUCAACAAUUAAGGACAAGUGGCUGCUUUCACCACAGUUUGACUUUUGUGUGUAACUUUGGAAAGCCUUGUCCACACAAACGCACCUAGAUAACUAACACUAGAAUUCUUGGCCCUGUGUACCACGAUAACCCAACUUAUGAUUGCUGUGGUCAGUGGAUACAGCGGUUUCCAGUAGAUGACAGCAGUGAUUAGGGAUAGGUCUCAACAGACCAUGGAAGAUUCAUCAUCACAAGCUUGUCAAGAGCUGCCCUGAUAAUGCAGUGGCGACUUGUGUCCGGGCUUCCAACUAGGCCUCGGCAAGUGCUUCUCUUAGUAAGUAAAGCACAGGACAGUGCGUCGGUCAAUAGAAGUGAUGUUGGGGAGAUCAAAAUCAAAAGUGCACAUCCCAGCUCCACUCAGCCCUGCUAUGUAGGCCCAGUAGAGUAGCUCACGGACAGCUGUCUACUCACCCUGCUGGAACUAAUGCCUGGGCUUCACUCAUAGAAGACGAUCAAUAAGGUGCCUCACUCUUAAGUCCCUUCAUACUGGCAUGACUUAAGCAGGCAGACACUGUCUGAAGUAUAGGUCUCUGCAGGGCAGCGUAAGAGAGACCAUGGACAGAUUUCCAUGUUUACUUUUGUGCAUAAAAUAAUUAUUGUAUGUUUGUAUUGUUCACUGAUUCAGGGGAACGUUUUUCUUUAAAAAGGAAAUCUUUAAUUUUGCAAGGGUAGUUUUUUGUUUAUGUGGAAAUCUUUAUAUUAAAAACUAUUUCUGAUGAGUAAUAAAGGUUUUGAUGGCUUCAA